GCGGGGGGUUGCGGGGGGGGGGGGGGGGGGGGGGGGGUUUAAUUGUCUUUAAGUCUUAGUUGGCAUCAAACAAACAUCAGAGGGCGGGAAGCACAGAGUGAGAGUGAGUGCAAAAAAGUGGUCUCAGUUCGAAAAGAGCUGUCGAAAGAUAUCGCAAGAUAAAAGCAUAUUAAAAACAAGGAAAACUUUCGUAUCAUUAGAAAAAUAGAGGUCAGCUUUGGUUUAGUCGCAGAGUGUCUAGUGAUAAAAUAAGUCGUAGAAUCAAAGAUAGCUCUAAGAAAAGCCAUCUGAUUAUGAAAAACUUUGUUAGAUCAAGAACAGGCUUUUCGAAAUAAUAAUUGUAGGAUAAAUCUUUUAUCUCAAGUACACCAUUAAUUAAUUAAGUUAUCAAACAAAGCCUAGAGAAAAUGAAAAUGUUAAUAUUAUAUUUCAGAAUUAAGAAAUGUAUUCUAUUUUAACUGGUUUAUAUAAUCGUAUGUUUCAAAAUCGAAAACAUUGUAGGAAAUCUAAUGUGUUUCUUUGAAUCUACUGUACUUUUUAGUCCAUCAACAUGUAAAGCAGCUAAAAUAGGAUAUACUUUCUAAAGCAAUUCCGAUGUAUUUUCAACUGAGUUUAAGUAAACUUACGAAUUCUACAUAAGAACAGCAUAACAUGGGCUAUUGUAUCGAAAGUAGGUUUUUACUAGAUUUUUGAAAUUGUUAAUGAAAACAAUCAUUGCCACAAGAUAGAACGCAGUCGAUAACUUAUGUUUCCAUCCGAUCCGUGACAACAUUUACCUUUAUCCAUUGUGCUUAACAAUCGUUUCCUAUAGCAAUAACAGAACUAGCAAUGAUCGCACUUAUUUUCGUUAGAGCAACUGCGAUUCAAAAACGGCAGAAUUGAACAUCGACAUAGUGAAGGCAUAGUCACGUGCUGUUGCUUUUGAUCCCAAUACAUCUAUAGAGAACGCUCAAAUAUAGUGUAGUGAUAUGAGGUUAAUACUUCUGUUUUACAAGAAUAUACAUUAUAAAACAAUACUUCACAUUCGUUAGAAUACUUCAAUCCGAUUAUCAUUAUAAAAUACUAUUUUAAAUGUAAGAAGAUAGCCGCACAGUUGCCAAACAAAUUAUAUAUUUAUUGCUUAGUUUCUGUUUAUUAACAAUCGAAAAUAAAUGACUUCACAGCAUCUAUAAAAGGAAAACGCGCAGUUUAUUCUUGUUUUAUUUUACAUAGUUUUUUGACGGUUGUAUGAUACAGAUUAUAACAUGAUACUCUCAUUGCGAAUAUGUCAAUUAUUAAUUCUUGCAUUUAGUUUAACUUUUGGAGAAUCAUUAAUUUGUUAUAACUGCGCAGUUCGUGAAUUUGGUAAUUUAGAUUCAACUAUUAUUUGGAAUCAAAACUAUGACUGUAGAUUUGAAGAAAAAUCGUAUGAUUUUUGUUCGAUAAUUUUAUAUUAUACAAAAACGUUUAAUGCUCCUAGUAACAAUGAAACAGUGAUUGUUGAAAUGGAUGGUAUUGAGAACAUGCGAAUGAGUAAACUGUCAAAAGAAGCCAGAUUUUUUCGAAAUCGACACAAUCGCUAUGAUAAAAAGCCGAUAUCAAAACCCCGUCGAUCGAAACGUCAAGAUAAUCCUUUUCAUGAAGGCGNUACUGACCUUUUCUACACUAUUUGUGCCACAUCUGACUGUAACAACCAAGAUACGAUGCAACAAUUACAACAAGAAUAUUUGUCGGUUAACUUUGAUUUUAACAAAUUUCAACCCACUAUUGUAGUUUCUCCCGACUAUACGACCGUAACAGCUGGGUCAGUCUCAACGUCGGUGUUAGCCACAACAAUAUCUACACCAGUGAUAAUAACAUCUUCGCCAGUGACACCAAGACCUUUAUUUUGUUAUAACUGCGUAGUUCGUGAAUUUGGUAAUUUAGAUUCAACUAUUAUUUGGAAUCAAAACUAUGACUGUAGAUUUGAAGUAAAAUCGUAUGAUUUUUGUUCGAUAAUUUUAUAUUAUACAAAAACGUUUAAUGCUCCUAGUAACAAUGAAACAGUGAUUGUUGAAAUGGAUGGUAUUGAGAACAUGCGAAUGAGUAAACUGUCAAAAGAAGCCAGAUUUUUUCGAAAUCGACACAAUCGCUAUGAUAAAAAGCCGAUAUCAAAACCCCGUCGAUCGAAACGUCAAGAUAAUCCUUUUCAUGAAGGCGGACAAGUAUUUGGAAAACCUCCUACUACCGAUUUUAUUAUAACCGCACUUGAUAUUACUGUUGCUACUACAAAUGAUGGUGAUAAGUAUUAUGAACAAAUACGCGAAAUUAGUUACAUAUGUAAAACAGAUUUUUGCAACCACUAUAGUAAUAUUCAAACCCUGUUGAAUGCUGCUGAUGUGAAAAUCAACAAUAAUGAUGAGGUCAAUAAUUUCAUUACUAAUAAAGUUGAGACAUCUACUUGUUGGUCUUAUGCCAAUGUUUCCUCGACUGUUCCAGAACCUUUCAAUAGCUUUGGUUGUGGUGCUUCCACUCCUCCAACCUCACAAACAUCUUGUUACUCUUGCCAAACGUUUGCUUUUACUCCAGAUGAGCAAGGAAGCACGCAAGUAUGUGGUAUUUGUGAAAAUAAUAUUGAAGAAUUUGACACUUUAAUCGCUGAACAAAGACUUCACCUUAGAAGCCAAGCAUUAUCUUAUACUGACCUUUUCUACACUAUUUGUGCCACAUCUGACUGUAACAACCAAGAUACGAUGCAACAAUUACAACAAGAAUAUUUGUCGGUUAACUUUGAUUUUAACAAAUUUCAACCCACUAUUGUAGUUCCUGCCGAGUACACGACAAUAACAUCUGCAUCGGUGACAGCAACAUCUGCACGAGUGACAGCAACAUCUCCACGAGUGACAACAACAUCUGUGCGAGCGACAGCCACAGUUGCGCCAGUGGGAACAACUUCCGUGCCACGUGGCACGACAGCAACAUCCGCAUCACAUGGCAAGAGCAGUGUUUCACAUACUAGCAUGGUAGGAUUAUCGGCACCAAAGUGCUUCUAUUCAAAAGCAAUGACAUAUUCGAAAUCAGCACAAUUUCUAGAACGUCCGAUGAUCGAAAUUCCACCAUAUGAUGUCGUAACAAAAAAAGAUCUCUAUGAAAUUCGACAAUAUCAUAAACAAGUUUGGGCUCAAUAUACAUACGAGGUUCCACUGAACACUGAUUUUUCGAAAGUUAUCAAAGGGUUUCAACCACUAUAUAAAUACAUUGCAGGAAAUAACGAGCAAAAAUUAAAAAUUGCUAUGACUGCUCCAGUAGUAAUGAAACAAAAAAUUGGUCAAUCAUCUAUUCUACGAUUGAUAGCAUUUAUUAUGUCGCCAUCCAAGUUCAAAUCAAUCGAUCAAUUACCGAAAGCUAAUGACCUAAAUGUGAAAUUAGUUGAAGCAGAUAACAUUCAACAAUUGGCUUGCAUUCGAUUUAAUAUGAACAUGAAUACGCGUAAUAAUGACAAAAAAGAACAAGAGUUACGUGCAGCAGCAACAAAAGAUGGUGUUGAAUUGCUUCAAGAAAAAGCUGAAGUUCAAUACUUCGGAUAUAAUCCACCAUGGACAUUACCAUGGUUCAAACGAAAUGAAAUAUGCAUUCCAAUUAUUGUUCAAAAAUAG